GACUUGGCACCACUGUUUGUGGUGUUGGCCUGGUUGGACACUUUAAUUGCUUAACAAACAAGUCAACCAAAGACGAUGACAAGAAUCAAAUUUAAUAUAUGGACGCCACUGUUAUUGAUUUUCGGAUUUGUGCAGUUAUGUGAGUGUGAUGUUGGCGAUGAUUGCACAGGUGGUGGUGGUUUCUCCUGUAGCUUCAGAGAGAAAUGUGUUGAUGGUAACUGUCUUUGUAAAGAAAAAUUGGAUUUGGAAUAUAAUAAGGAUACCCUCACUCCAAGUUGCAAUGUGAAGUUUGGUUUUAUUUUAUCACAUGGUGACUGUAGAAGCUCCCCUUGUCCAGCCAAUGCAACCUGUGUUGAUAAUAAAUGCAAAUGUGACGAAGGUUUCUUGAAAAUUAAUGAUGAAUGCAAAAAGGGAAACCCACAAAAGGUUCUUGCAGCUUGCAAUCCUAAAUCAUCAAAUGGUGUUAUAAACUCCUGUGAUAUAGAGGAAUACAGCCUGUGUGAAAAUGGCCUGUGCAUAUGCUUUGCUGGAUACUUUGCGAAUACUACCAGUGGGAAAUGUGAACGACAGUCUUCAUACCUUAAGGCUUAUGGCCUCACAGAAUACCGUGUGAAGCCUGGAGAGUAUUGCAAAGAUGACGGUCAAUGCAUUCCUGGUCUAGUGUGUAAAAGUUUUAAGUGUUCCUGCCCGGGGAGUUGUAGUUACAACAGCAAAAGAGAAUCAUGUGAUUGUGGAGAAGUUGAUACACCAAAUGGACCUAUAAUAGUUGGUGUUAUUUUUGGUUUCAUCAUCAUUGUUUUCUGGAUCUGGAGGAUCAAGAAAACUGCUGAAACGUUAAAGAAGAAAAAAGCUACCCAGUUCUCCACAGUAUUAUCAAAUGAUGACGAGUCUCCAUCACAGACUUCAUACCCCCUCAGAUCUGUUCAGUCACCAUUCUCAGCACCUUUUGAAGCCACAGAUGCUCAUCCAGUACCUCCAGGACGAUUUUCUGUGAACCCAACAUUUGAUGGUGGCAGGCAGUCACCAAUACCAACAAAGAAACCGGAAGAGCAAAAUCCCUCACCAGUUGCCCCAUAUCCUCCCAGUGAACCAGGAGCUCUGCCCUAUCCCUCACCUUUGCCUCCUCCAUACUCAGGAGUCAUGCCUGAGCUUCCUCCUCCAUACAGUGUGGAUCCCCCAUUGAUGACUGGCUCCCCCCCUUCCUAUCCAUAUAACAGUACUUCCAUGCCUACUGCUCCUUACCCAUCUAGCCACUCUGCCACUCCCUACUCAUUGAACCCAUCUGCAACUCCUUACCCACCUCCAGCAGCCCCCAACCAGGAAACUGGAAGUAGUACAGCACCCCCAGCAUACAAUCCCACUUACAGUGUGAACAAUCCUUAAACUGGGGUUAUUUUUAUUCUAACAAAUCAAAACUAUUUUUGCAAUUCUAGUUCCUUGAAAAAAAUUAUUAAAUAAUUCAACAGACCAUCUACCAUGAAUGUACUGUACAUUAGUGCUAGAUUUAAGGCUCUCAGUGUACAGUACUUCGAUUUGACACCAUUUCAGUAUACCUUGGCCACUUCUCAUUCACCAGCAUAUGCUGCUUUUGAAUUUUAUGCACCACAAAUAUUACAUAUUUUAAGAACAUUGAAGCCCCAUUAGUCUAGACUCCAAUAAUCUUAAAACUCCGUAAUCUGUAUUUCACAGCCUUGUCUGCCAUUUUUUACCUUAAGUGUUAAUUAUUUUUUUCUGUAAUUAUCUUUAUUCUCUUGAUUGGUUUAAUCUGUCAGCCAAUUCAUUAGAAUAUUGCUAGUAAUGCUGGUCAUUCUUAAGUUGGUGGUAAAACAUUUACAAGAAACCAUGGAAAAUUAACAUUUAACAAUUACCAAGUAGUCAGAAAAAAAUAUAUCUCUAUAAACAAGCUUCAACAUUAUGUUAGAUAGAGCAGUAAAUACAGUAUUAUGAAAGAAUAUCUGUCACUGUAAGCACUAUUCAUGAUUAUAUAUAUAUAUAUAUAUAUAUAUAUAUAUAUAUAUAUAUAUAUAUAUAUAUAUAUAUAUAUAUAUAUAUAUAUAUAUAUAUAUAUAUAUAUAUAUAUAUAGUAUAUAUA